AUUUUAGGACUAGAAUUUAAUUGAUGUUGAUCAGUAUAAGUAUGGAAGAGUGGAAGACUAAUAUCAACUACAAAGCAAAGCUAGCUUAAGUCUAGAAGGCAUAGUUGAUCGCAGCAAAAUGAACAAUCCACAUGUUUUGGUCAUACCUUAUCCAGUUCAAGGCCAUGUGAGGCCUCUCUUGGAGUUCUCACAACUGUUGGUCAAGCAUGGCAUCAAAAUCACUUUCGUGAACACUGAAUUUUCACAUCAACGAAUCAUGAAUGCAUUUGGAAGCAAGGUAAGUGUAGAUGGUUCAAUUCACUUUGUCUCACUUCCAGAUGGGAUGGGUGUGGAUGAGAACAAGAAUCACAUAGGGAGAUCAAUUGAAUCUAUCUGCCAAUUUAUGCCCAUGGAGUUGAAGCAACUUAUAAAUGAGAUAAAUAGACCAAAUGGUGAUGAAGUUACGUGCAUACUAACUGACAUGUUCAUGGGGUGGUCGUUAGAAAUAGCAGCGGAGUUGGGAAUAAAGGCAGCGGCUCUAUUCCCUGCAUCAGCAUUAUCUUUAGCCUCAAUGUUUGCCAUCCCAACUAUGAUUGAUGGUGGAGUUAUUGAUGAAAACGGUACCCCACUUAAGCAUGAGAUGAUUCAAUUGUCCUCAGAAACUCCUGCCAUUAACCCAUCACAUUUUUCGUGGGUAUCCAUCGAGGGCUUCACAACCCAAAAGAUUUUAUUUAACUUCUUCCAGAGGAACAUCAAAGCUGUAGAGAAAAUAGAGUGGUUGCUCUCCAAUUCCACAUAUGAACUAGAGGCUGGAGCAUUAGCCACCAUGGCCCCAAAAGUCCUACCCAUUGGCCCGCUUUCGACAUAUGAGGGAGUCGGAACUUUGGUUGCAAAUUUCUGGCCGGAGGAUAGUUCUUGUUUGAAAUGGCUUGACAAACAACCACCACGCUCAGUCAUAUAUGUUGCAUUCGGUAGUUUCACGAUUCUUGAUCAGACACAGUUCUGGGAAUUGGCAUUAGGACUUCAACACUCCAACAAACCAUUCUUAUGGGUUGUGAGACCAGAUAUAACGGAGGCAAAAGAUGAAGCAUACCCAAAAGGGUUUCGGGCUAGCGUGGCAGAUCGUGGUCAAAUGGUGGGUUGGGCACCACAACGAGCAGUUUUGAGUCAUCCUUCCAUUGCUUGCUUCUUAAGCCAUUGUGGUUGGAAUUCAACCUUAGAAGGCGUAAGCAAUGGAGUCCCCUUCCUUUGCUGGCCUUACUUCGCUGAUCAAUUCAUGAACGAGAGUUACAUUUGUGAGAUUUGGAAGGUGGGAUUAAAAUUGGAGAAAGAUGAAAGUGGGAUCAUCGGACAAGAAGAGAUCAAGAGCAAGAUGGAGAAACUAUUAAGCGAUGAAAAUCUAAAAGCAAGGGCUAUGGAACUGAAGGAAAAAAUUAGGACUAGUGUCAAGGAAGGUGGCUACUCUAACAAGAUUCUCAAGAGUUUCAUUGAAUGGGUGAAGUCUUAGGCAAAGUUACUAGUAUUUUGAUUUCCUCUGUUAAGGAAUAAGCAGAUUCAUUUGCAUUAGCUUGUGAUUGAUCCAAUAAUAUCUUUAAUUAUGAUUUAAUUAUAGUACUAAUGAAUAGAUUAUAUUUAG